AUGAAGAACGUGUCUAAUCCACAGGAGUCGGAGCGCCCGGCAGAUACUGAGGGAGUCUGCUAUGCAGACGACGAGGGAUCAGGUUCGGAGAUUUCGGAUUCUUCUGACUUGGUACCGAUGUCUGUAGCACUCAGGUUACUGGAUGAAGUCCGGCCCCUGUUGCAUUUCAGGGUUCAUCGUGAACACAGUCCAUCUCUAACUGCAUCGGGUGAGUCUGAUGGUUGGACCGACAGCUCUCAUUUUCUUUGGGCAAUGUGUGCCACUCUCGCAGAUGGAGAUGCCGACCCAGAAUGGACGCUUGCAUUCGAAAAGUGGCGAUUCCAGUGGAAAAGAAUCCAAAAGCAGGUGAAAUCGUAUGGGUAUACCCAUUUCUCUUCGGUUAUUCCUCCUGCACCGGUCAAUCUUGCCACAGUCCGAUUCUUGGCAUCCCAGCCCAGGGAAUUUGAGAUCGAACAACAGGACCCAGAUGGUGUCUCUGAUCACCAGGAUAUCUGGACCUUGUGGCGAAAUAUCAUCGAGGUGCCUGCGGAUCAAGUCACCGAUAUCGAGGUUUGUCUCAAAGAUACUGGGAAACUUGUUGGCUCCCAGUGA